UAUGUGGGAAGCGUAUCCGAUUCUGAAAAGACAAAGAAACCAAUGCGUCUGUAUGGCUGCUGUUGCAGAUGGGAAGAUGGUCUCCAGACCUCAGACAGCUGGCCAGGGACCCAAGGAGAAUGUGGCCUGCCUAGAUCCCCCAGAGGAGACCCCGGAGCGGGUGCCAGGCCAGCUGGCCAUGCUGAAGAAGGCACAGGAGUUCUUCCAGACCUGUGAUGCUGAGGGAAAGGGUUUUAUCGCCAGGAGUGAUAUGCGGAGACUCCAUCAGGAGUUGCCACUGAGCUUGGAGGACCUGGAGGAUGUGUUUGACGCCCUGGAUGCUGAUGGCAAUGGCUUUCUGACCCCAGAGGAAUUCACUACUGGAUUUAGUCGCUUCUUCUUCAGCCAGAACACCUCGAGUCUGGAGGAUGCAAGCAAACAGGUGGCUGAGUUUCAGGAAGAGAAGGUAUAUCAGUCCAGAGAAGAGGAUCCAGGGGGGACAGACAAAGAUGAGGAAGCCCAGUUCCAGAGGCUGAUGGACAAGCUUGGAGCCCAGCAAGUUUUGGAAGACGAGAGUGAUAUCAAGCAACUGUGGUUGCAGCUGAAGAAGGACGAGCCGCAGCUGCUGUCCAGCUUCGAGGGCUUCCUGGCCAGCGUCUUCUCCCAGCUCCAAGAAGCCCACGAGGAGAAGAAUGAACUGGAGUGCAUCCUCCAAAAGAAAAUUGCUGCCUAUGAUGAAGAAAUCCAGCAUCUGUAUGAGGAGAUGGAACAGCAGAUCAAGAGCGAGAAGGAGCAGUUUCUCCUGAAGGACACGGAGAGGUUUCAGGCCCGCAGUCAAGAGCUGGAGCAGAAGCUGUUGUCUAAGGAGCAGGAGCUGGAGCAACUCGCCCAGAAACAGAAAAGGCUGGAAGGCCAGUGCGCAGCCCUGCACAAUGACAAGCAUGAGACCACGGCUGAGAAUGCCCAACUGAAACUCACCAACCAAGAGCUGGCCCGGGAGCUGGAGCGCACCUCGCGGGAGCUCGAGGACACCCAGCGGCAGUUGGAGAGCCUGCAGCAGGAGGCCUGCCAGCUCCAGCAGGAAAAGGAGAUGGAAGUGUACCAUGUGACGGAGAGCCUGCAGCGGGAGAAAUCUGGACUCCUGAAGCAACUGGAUUUCCUAAGGGAAAGAAACAAGCACCUUCGAGAUGAACGGGACAUGCAUUUCCAGAAAGACAAAGCAGCCAAGGCAAAUGCAGCUGCUUCCAAGGCAAGCUGGAAGCAGAGAUCCGGAUCCGUGAUAGGCAAAUACCUAGAUGGCAAAGCAAUUCUCGGAAGCCAGUCAGAGGAGGAGGAAGAUGUGUUUGGCAUCACCAGGAGGAGAAGCUCCCUGGGUCUGAGUGUGUACCCGCUCAUGGAAGAAGAGCCAGGACCAGGUGAUCCAGGGACCGGACACCCCAGGCGGCUCCGCAGAAUCAUCUCCAUUGAAGAAGACCACAUGCCCCAGCUCCUGGAGGCGGGCUUUGAGCAGCCCCUCCACCAGUGCCCAGAGGAAGAGGAGGAAGGCUCGCCCCAGGAUGGGGAAGGCCAAGCCCUGCAGGCCGCCCCCUUGGAGGUCACCCCCAUGUCUCCCCGGGGACAACCUGUUGGGAAAGAAGCCCUCUCCAAGGAGGAACGCUGCCCCUCCACACCAGAUCGGCUCUUCAAGAUUGUGUUUGUAGGCAACUCGGCUGUGGGCAAGACAUCCUUCCUAAGGAGGUUCUGUGAGGACUGCUUCUGCCCGGGCAUGGUGGCCACUGUGGGCAUUGAUUACCGCGUGAAGACAGUGACUGUGGACGACUCCCAGGUGGCCCUGCAGCUGUGGGACACAGCUGGGCAGGAGAGGUACCGCUGCAUCACCCAGCAGUUCUUCAGAAAGGCCGAUGGGGUCAUCAUCAUGUAUGACCUCACAGCCAAGCAGUCCUUCUUGUCUGUCCGGCAGUGGCUGAGCAGUGUGCAGGAAGCUGUCGGGGACCGUGUUCCAGUGCUUCUGCUGGGUAAUAAACUUGACAACGAGAAGGAGCGGGAAGUGCCCCGGGGCCUUGGAGAACGGCUUGCCAAGGAGAACAACCUCCUCUUCUACGAGUGCAGUGCCUAUUCCGGUCACAACGCUAAGGAGUCCCUGCUCCACCUGGCCAGGGUCCUCAAGGAGCAGGAAGACACGGCAAGGGAAGACACUAUCCAGGUGGGCCGCCUCAGCAAGAAGAAAUCCUGUUGCAGCUGAAAGCAGACAUCCCCCAGGGAUGGCUCCUUUGUGCCCACCCACACCUGCGACUGCCGAGCCCACACUCAUCCCACCAGGAGGAUCACCCACGAACGCCCACCCGCCCAGAUCUCUGUCCUGGUCAGCCACUGGCCAGCUUUGUGUAGAAGGCAGGGAAUCCAGAGCUGCUCUGGGGAUAGCUUGGUAUCUCCUCUCUCUCCCUCUUCUCUCUGGACCCCAGGUGCCCAGGCCAGCCAGUUACUUAUUUAUUUACCUUUCUCCCACUAAUUUGUCUUCUUCAUCUCCCAUGACUCUGCAAAAGCCCAGGCAGAGAGAAGGGAGGCAAAGUUAUGAGCCGCUCAAGUUCCCUGCCUAAGUCAGGAUGGAGCUUCAGAAGCACUCGACACUCUGAUUCCCUGGUCCCAGCUCUCAGCCUCUCCUCGUCCAGUUCCCAAAGCCACCACAUUGCUCCAAGCCAUCAACCUGUCCCCCAAGCCCAGAAGCUGGCCAAGCACUGUCAGGAAAACCCAGCAACAUACUGUGUCCAGGGCUGGAGUUGUCGGGGUCACAACACCAAGCUCACCUGUAGAUUGGAGGUUCAGUGUAUACCUUACAGACCCAUCUUAGCCAAGUGAUGUCGGGCAUGUGCUUAGCAUAUGCACCACAGGAGGCUACUUCAAAAAGCUUUUGGAGAAUGGAAUCAAACACGUUUAUUUUGGUUCAAGACAUAGGAAGGGUCUUAAGAAAGAAAAUACAUUUACCAAAAAUAGUAUUCACCAAUUUCAGAGAUUUUUUUUUUUUCACCAAAAGUCAGCUUGUCUUUCAAGUCCCUUUUCUUCCAGUCUCUUCAGGGUUGUCACUGCCAUCAGCACUGAGAUGCUGCCCUCUGCCCUCAUCAUUUGCCAUGCUUCGGUUUCAGAUUGGAAACCUCUGUGCACCUGCUAAGCUUCGGCCAGAAAGAAGCUGGCCCUUCCACCAAUCGCCUCAUCUAAGCCUCUCUGCUGCUUGCUGAGCUCCAGGCUGCCUUGGCCUCUGGACCCUGCUCUGCUCUCAUCCAUGGAGUUCCUGGUUUCCCCACACACACACCUGAGCCAAUUCCAGCCCCUGGUCUCUUCUCUCUCUGCAGUUCCCCAGGACUGAGCAGCUCAGACCUGGCACCAGUCCUGGGUCUUGACCUGUGAGUGUCCCAUGCUCAUGGCAUCCAUGGCCCCACAUCUGCUCUCUUAUUCUUGUGCUUCCUCCCGGAACUUCUGCUCCCCUCAGUCCUGAGUUGCCAACAUCAAACUAAUGCCCACUGGCUUUGCACCUUUCCUUGCAAUUUGUACCUUCCCAUUCUCUUCGGGGUCUUUCAUGUUCCCUGUGAGGUCAUUCCUUUCUUCCCACUCCCCUCAUCCUACAGCUUUCCCUGUUCCUAAUACCUCAUCCAGUCUUAGAUCCCUGUCUUCCCUGUUCUCCUCCCAGAAUCACUACAUGUUCUGUCAACAAUAGCUUGGCUGCGGAAGCCAUUGCGUGGGCUGCCAACAUCCCCUAUCAGCGGUGGAGUGAGAGCUGCUCCACUUCCCAUCAGCUUCCUGUUAAUGUGCCUGGGAAGGCAGCAGGAAGUGAUCCAAGUUCUUGGGCCUUUAACUCUAAAGUGAAUCACUUAUAGACUGUGUGCAUUUGGAUCAUGUUUUCAAAACUCUUCUCAUCUCUGUGCUUCAGUUGGAAAGUUGAAUUCAUUUAAUAUAAUGGAUAAAAUGGGAUUUAUGUCCUUAA